AUGCGGCAACGCGACAAGACCCUCUCGCCGCCGCAUCCAUGUGACGUGGAAGAAGAGCCGCACAAGAUCGGUGCGAGCAGAAGAUUCCUCUUCGAUGAUGUGGCGUCUCUCUCCGCCCUCCUCCACUGUAAUGGCCGACGCAUCCUGCACAAAGACGGCGCGGUAGAGCAGCUGGCAGGCGGCAUUGUACUGCUGGGUCAACUCCUCCACCUCCACCUCCAACUGCUGAAUGUAGCGGCCAGUCGACAACUUCAGUGCGGUGGCGCCACUGUCCGCUAUUGUCGCCGUACACACCGCGGAGCAUGGUGA